CUUCGUCCCCUGGUCCACAUGACCAGUAAGAAAUGUUCCACACGCACUCUAGCCGCGACCUAGCAAUUGCAGUCGAACGUGAUAUCUCACAAGCAGUGCUUCUGCGUAUCUGACACUGUGCUGGUGUUUAUUGAAUACAAACCAAAUAUUCCACUGUCAAACAAUGCAAUAUGAAGAUUUGAUCAAGUUCAACGAUUAUCACCAUGGCAAAGUGAUAUCCAACUCGGAAUGAUUUCAGUGCGACAGUGGGAGGAUUAAUGGCUGCAGUUACUAGAUGACAGAUCGAACAGUUUUCGCUGGGCUAUUCUGGAGGUCGAUAUAGAUAAUGCUUAAGUGACUGGAGAAGCUUAGUGCCUCGUGAGUCACAAGGUCCAGAAUACACCAGCAGGGAAAUUACACAGAAGGGGGUGCACAAUGUUUAGUGCAACUCAGAGUUCGAAGUCAGAGUUCCUGGAUAAAGCCAGGCUGGCACGUGAGGAGAGGAAGGGCUACAAAGAGAAGGAGAGAGCGGCCACGCUAAUCCAGGCCCUCGUUAGAAGAUUCCUCUGCCGCUGCAGACUCCAGAAGCAAAUACGGAAAGACGUGGAUGACUUCUUUCUAACCUCUGAUGCAGGGACAUCAAAAAGAAACGCACUAUCCAUUUUUAAAAUUGCACGGAAGUUAUUAUUUAUAUAUUGCCAAGAUGAUAAGCUGCGGUUUGAGAAGCUUUGCCGUUCUAUACUUGCCAGUAUGGAGGUUGAAAACGAGCCCAAAGUUUGGUAUGUGUCCUUGGCUCUCUCCAAAGACCUUACCAUCGCUUGGAUCAAACAGAUAAAAGACGUUCUGUGGGUCUGCUGUCAGUUGUUGAAGAAGUUGAAGCCUGACAUCCUGCAGGACAACAAACUAGUGACUCUGUAUCUCACCAUGUUGGUGACCUUCACUGACCCCUCAACUUGGAAGAUAAUGAGAGGAAAAGGGGAAGCUCUCAGACCAGCGCUGACUCGUAUCUGCGAAAACAUCAUGGGACAUUUGAAUCAAAAAGGAUUCUACUCUGUUCUGCAGAUUCUUCUCACCAAUGGAUUGGCCCGCUCCAGGCCCUCUCUCUCCAAGGGAACACUUACAGCAAUAUUUACACUGUCACUAAGACCAGUUAUCGCUGCUCACUUCUCGGACAACCUCCUGAGAUCUUUCCUCCUCCACAUCAUGUCUGUCCCAGCCGUCGUAUCUCACCUCAGCGUGCUCACCCCAGAGUGCAUGGCCUCCAUCCAGACUCAUGACCUCCUGAGGAAGUUCAUCCUGUUCCUCAGCCGUGAGGAGCAGUGUGGAGACAUCUGUGUGUGCUUGGAGGGAAGCCACACCCUCUGCCUGCUGGGAAACCUGAUCCACUUGGGCUUCCUCAGUGAGAAGGUGCUGGAGGAGGAGGCCAACCAUUUUGUGAAGGACCUCACUGACAUGCUGUCCUAUUGCCAGAGAUACGUUUCCCAGAAGAAGUCCAACCUCACACACUGGCACCCGGUGCUUGGCUGGUUCUCCCAAACUGUAGACUACGGCCUGAAUGAGUCCAUGCCGCUGGUCACCAGGCAGCUCCAGUACCUGUGGGGUGUUCCUGUGAUCAGGACUCUCUUCUCUGACGUCCUCAGUAAGAAACUAGAGAGCCAGGAGCCCGCCCCUCCACCUCAGCAGCCAACCACGUCGCAGAACAACCUGCCAGUCAAGAACCUUUUCAAGCGGGCGUUCCAGAAGUCGGCGUCCGUCCGGAACAUUCUGAAGCCAGUGGGGGGGAAGAGGGUAGACUCUGUGGAGGUGCAGAAGGUGUGCAGCAUCUGUGUGCUUUACCAGACGGCCCUCACCACCCUCACACAGAUACGACUGCAGAUCCUCACUGGCCUGACCUACCUGGACGACCUGCUGCCUAAGCUGUGGGCGUUCAUCUGUGAGCUGGGCCCUCAGGGGGGUCUCAAGCUGUUCAUGGAGUGUCUGAACAACGACACGGACGAGUCCAAGCAGCUCCUGGCCAUGCUCAUGCUUUUCUGCGACUGCUCGCGACACCUCAUCACCAUCCUGGAUGACAUCGAGGUUUACGAGGAGCAGAUUUCAUUCAAGACUGAAGAGCUCGUCACCAUAUCUUUCUUCCUGAACACGUUCGUGUACAAGAUGGUGUGGGAUGGCAUCUUGGAAAAUGCCAAGGGGGAGAAGCUGGACCUGUUCCACAGCGUCCAUGGCUGGCAGAUGGUGCUCUACGAGAGGGACUGCAGGAGAAAGUUCUCCCCUGAGGACCACUGGCUGCGCAAGGACUUGAAGCCGAGCUUACUGUUCCAGGAGCUGGAGAAGGGGAAGAGGAGAGCACAGCUGAUACUGCAGUACAUUCCUCACGUUAUCCCUCACAAGAACAGGGUCCUGUUGUUCCGGAACAUUGUUACCAAGGAGAAGGAGAGCCUGGGAUUGGUGGAGACAAGCUCCGCCUCCCCCCACGUUACCCACAUCACCAUUCGCCGCUCACGAAUGCUAGAGGAUGGAUAUGACCAGCUCCGUCGGCUGCCUGUCAACUCCAUUAAAGGGGUCAUACGCGUGAAGUUCGUCAACGACCUGGGGGUGGACGAGGCUGGAAUCGACCAGGACGGAGUCUUCAAGGAGUUCCUGGAAGAGAUCAUCAAGAAAGUCUUCAACCCAGCGCUCAAUCUCUUCAGGACCACCAGUGGAAACGAAAGGCUGUACCCCUCCCCGACAUCCUACAUUCACGAGAACCACCUGCAGCUCUUUGAGUUUGUGGGGAAGAUGCUGGGAAAAGCCAUGUAUGAGGGCAUCGUGGUGGACGUGCCCUUCGCCUCCUUCUUCCUCAGCCAGGUCCUCGGUCAUCACCACACCACCUUCUACAGCUCCAUAGACGAGCUGCCGUCGCUGGACUCUGAGUUCUACAAGAACCUCACCUCCAUCAAGCGCUAUGACGGGGACGUCGGCGACCUGGGACUGACGUUAUCGUAUGACGAGGACGUCAUGGGACAGCUGGUCUGUCACGAGCUGAUACCGGGGGGGAAGACCAUGCCUGUCACCAAUGAAAACAAGAUCAGCUACAUCCACCUGAUGGCCCACUUCCGCAUGCACACCCAGAUCAAGGAGCAGACGGCCGCCUUCAUCAGGGGCUUCCGCAGCAUCAUCAACCCAGAGUGGCUGCACAUGUUCUCCACCCCGGAGGUGCAGCGCCUCGUCUCCGGGGACAACGCCGAGAUCGACCUGGAUGACCUCAAGAAACACACUGUUUACUACGGCGGCUUCCACAGCAGUCACAGGGUCAUCAUCUGGCUGUGGGACAUCCUGGCCAGUGACUUCACCGCCGAGGAGAGGGCCAUGUUCCUCAAGUUUGUUACCAGCUGUUCCAGACCGCCCCUCUUAGGGUUCGCCUACCUCAAGCCACCGUUCUCCAUCCGCUGUGUGGAGGUCUCUGAUGAUCAGGACACCGGGGACACCCUGGGCAGCGUCCUCCGCGGCUUCUUCACCAUCAGGAAGAAGGAGCCUGGUGGUCGCCUGCCCACCUCCUCCACCUGCUUCAACCUGCUCAAGCUGCCCAACUACAGCAAGAAGAGCAUCCUGAGGGACAAGCUGCGCUACGCCAUCAGCAUGAACACAGGCUUCGAGCUCUCCUAACUGGGGCAGCCUGGAGGCCAGGGGGUUGGGGAAAGCCCCCUUAUCCAGGCUUAGGGGUCAGGCUUGCCCGGAACAAAUCAAGUCGGCGGAGCACUCCAUCCCCCUUCGUCUCAGCCAGUCCAAGACAGAUUAGUUCCACCCCCCCCCCUCCCCCGCCCUCAGCCAGGGAGACCUCCCUCGCCCAAACCUCCCCCCAAGGGCUCCCUGCCCCGUUUCUUCCCAGGUUACUAUGACAACGUUUUUAAGUUUCUUUUUUUUAAAGGGCACCCGUCGCUUUGAGUGUGAAUUCGUGGACUUUCUGAUGAAGCGGAAAGGAAGGAAAGUCAUCUGAGCUGUCUGAUUGGAGAGCUUGCUCUGUCCUCCACUCUUACCACCCCCCCUGAAAUUCAACCCUCCCCAGAACCCUGUCUUUCACUCUCUCUCUCUCUCUCUCUCUCAGGCCUGGAUCUGUCGAUACUCGGAUCUAACACUCCCAUGUCAAGUGAACUGGAAAGCAAUAUAGAUGCAAUGCAAGCCAUUAGACACGCAAAAUGACUCUCCACACGAGCAAGACCAAGGGAUGUUUUAUUAUACUGGAGUAUAUUAUCCGGGCAACUUUCUGAGUCUUUGUGGAACAUGAUGAAAGCACCUUUUUAUAAAGAGACGACAAAUCACUGCCUCAUGUUCAACAACAAUCAUGAAGGAGGACUGGUCUAGACCAGGUCACAUGACUAAACCAGGUCACAUGACUAGACCAAGUCACAUGACUAGACGAGGUCACAUGACUAGACCAGGUCAUGUGUCCAUGCCUGUUUCCAUAUGUGGAUAUUGUGUCCCUUGUUAAUCGACUUGUGAAAUAUGGACGACUUGGCUGAUCUCUCUGUAAACACACAACCCUUUUCCUGAAGGCCCUUCCCCCUUGUCUCUCCUCUUCUCUAUGUGACCGUGCACCCUGAUAAGAACUUCAGAUAUUGCACAGCAAUGCAAUUAUAAUACUAAAAGCGAUUGCACAUGUUCCUCAUGUAGUCUGACACAGACCAGGAUGUCACAUCUUAAGAGUAUUCACUUCAGUUCUUUUUUUCUUUAGAUAAACAGAUUGGACGUCGUCACUGGAAUGCUUUUGCUAUGAUUUGCUGUUCCAAACUGCAGUGCUAGAACGCCGCUAGUCCGUGUUUCCGGUCGUUACACAGCCCCACAGAGUCUGUCACAGUGAAGUCAUCGAUGAAGAACCGUAGUCCGUCUGCAAGGAUUCAACCGACGAUUUGUCACAUGACACCGAGUGCCUCCUGUAUGUCCCCUUCUCACGCGUCCUGUUCCAUGUGGAGUGUUCCAUCUGGAGUGUUCCAUCUGGAGUGUUCCAUCUCGAGUGUUCCAUCUGGAGUGUUCCAUCUGGAGUGUUCCAUCUGCAGUGUUCCAUCUCGAGUGUUCCAUCUGCGGUGUUCCAUCUCGAGUGUUCCAUCUCGAGUGUUCCAUCUCGAGUGUUCCAUCUCGAGUGUUCCUGCGUCUCUUGGAACCAAGCCAUAAAUACAGAUAAAGGCAUUUGUUAGGAUUCUUGAUCCAGCUUUGAGGAGCCAGCAGAGAUCCUACAGCGACACCCUCCAUCGCCAGUCCACCAACCAACAACCGUCUGGUUUCAUUUCUCAGUGGCUGAAAGGAUGCUCUCGUCUCAGUGGACCUUAUAGCCAUGCGGAACUGAGUUCAGACAAGGAGCAAGCCCUGCUACAUGAUGUCAUGGGUUGGUUGAUCACCUGAUUAACUGAAAUGUAACCACGCCUUUCCCACGCAGAUUUGACCAGUAUGCAGCCAAUAGUGUCCCCAGUGGUUUAAUGCUAUUCUACCUAAAAGAUCCAUGGGCCGAAAUCUGUGACCUGUCUCUGUGUGAAGUGGCAGUUGGUAUUAAAAUCGUCUGUACUGUACGUUGUCUCUCUAUUUAAGUUAAAUUAAAGUCAUUCCGCAAAUGGAGGCAAUCGGAACAAUUUUUUCUCUCUAUGACAGCUAUUUCCCUAUUUAUGGUGUUGUCGGCAAUGCAACAUUUUACUCAUCAUUUUGGCCUUAUCAAUGCUGUUGUAGAACUACCCCUUUCAAAAAUAAAUAUUUAAGCAGUGUUAUGUGGCUUAAAAAUAGUAACGCUACAUAAAAAUCGACCUUCAUUGAGACUUGUUCCUAGUGAGAGAGACACUGACAGAUACCUCAUAAGCUAAUGUGUAUGAUGAUAAUUCUCAUCAAUUUUAAAUGAUGUCAUGAAAUCUAGCUAUAUGAGUAUCAACUCUUUUUUAUAAAUUCAAAAAAAAUCCAGGAAUUGGUCAUCGUGGUCCUUUGGAACAGUCUCCUUUUUAAAAGUGUCUUUUAAACGGGUUGCACUAUGUGAUAUAAAGUUGUUGAAAAGGCUCCUGUGUGAAACGUGUAAGAUAUGAUAUUAUCUCUGCUGUAAAACAUUAACAUUGAGUCAUGUAUGUUAACCAUUCAUUAAAAAAUCUUU